GGCAGCGGUGAGCCGGCUCGUCUCCUGUGUUCGCGCGGCGGAGCGUCCGACUGACCGGUCCGACCACCUAGUCUCACUAACCCCCACACCGGAGCCCACAGCAGGUCACCAUGGACGUGGAGAGUCUGCGCAGUAAGGUGAACGCGGCCGGUCAGGGGCACCUGCUGCAGUUCUGGGACGACCUGGCACCCCAGCAGCAGCGGGAGCUCAGCGACGAAAUCCAACGUCUGGACCUGGACGAAGUGUGCGGCUUCUUCAAACGCACGACGGAGGCGCAGAGCGCGGACCAGGCCAAGCUAGACGACCGUCUGCAGCCGGUGCACUCGGACGACUUCGGCUCGGUGGUGCGCUCCUCGCCCGAGCAGCUGCGACUGUAUGAGAACCUCGGUCUGGAGGCCGUCUCGCGCGGCCAGAUCGGCGUGCUCCUACUGGCCGGUGGACAGGGCACCCGGCUCGGCGUCAACUACCCAAAGGGCAUGUACGAUGUGGGCCUGCCGUCGCACAAGUCGUUGUACCAGCUGCAGGCGGAGCGCCUGGCGCACCUGCAGGAGGUGGCAGCUGACCGUACCGGCCGUACCGGCGGCGCCUGUACCUGGUACAUCAUGGCCAGUGAGGCCACCAAGCAGCCCACACAGCGCUACUUCGAAAACAACGACUACUUUGGCCUGGACAGGAAGGACCUUGUGUUCUUCGAGCAGGGCACGCUGCCCUGCUUUACCUUUGAUGGCAAGAUCAUCCUGCAGACGCCCAGCCAGUUGGCGCAUGCGCCUGACGGCAACGGCGGCCUCUACCGCGCCCUCAAGCGCGAAAACAUCCUGGAGGACAUGCACGCCAGGGGCAUCAAGUACUUACACGUCUACUGCGUGGACAACAUCCUGGUGAAGAUGGCCGACCCCGUCUUCAUGGGCUACUGCAUUUCCCGUGGUGCCGACUGCGGUGCUAAGGUGGUGGAGAAGGCGUUCCCCACGGAGCCAGUGGGCGUGGUCUGCCAGGUGGACGGCCGUUACCAGGUGGUGGAGUACUCGGAGAUCACGCUCAAGACUGCCCAGAAGCGGAACGCGGACGGUCGGCUCACGUUCGCCGCCGGCUCCAUCUGCAACCACUUCUUCACUAUCGAGUUCCUGGAGAGCGUCGUCAGCGAACGCGAGGCACAGCUGCUGCACCACAUGGCCAAGAAGAAGAUUCCGUACGCGGAUGAGACCGGCCAGACUCGGAAGCCCGACAAGCCCAACGGCAUCAAGAUGGAGAAGUUCGUGUUCGACGUGUUCCAGGUGGCCAACGACUUUGCCGUGUGGGAGGUGCUGCGCGAGGACGAGUUCUCGCCGCUGAAGAACGCCGACGGCGCCGAGAAGGACACGCCCACCACGGCCCGGCUGGCGCUCUGCUCGCUCCACCAGCGCUACGUGCUGGCCGCCGGCGGUCAGUUCGUGGACGAGCUCGGCGAGCCGAUCCCGCUGAUGCCCAGCCCGGCGGCCAUCAACGGAGACGAGGCGAACAACAACGAGGCUCAGCAGGCCUGGCUGAAGGGCGAGGAGCCGAUCAUCUGCGAGAUCUCGCCGCUCGUCUCGUACGCCGGCGAGGGGCUCGAGCCGCUCGUCAAGGGCAAGCGCUUGCUGCCGCCGCUGCUGCUCAACGAGCCGCACAAGCCGACCAACGGCCACUGCUGAGCGGCGCCGCUAGGGGUGCCAGCCGGCCUGGCAGGGGCGCGGCGCGCGGUCGGGUCAGCCGUCGCCGGCGCCGAGCGGACCAGGCCAGGCCAGGCCAAGAUGGCCGCCCGGCAGAAGAGUACAAACCAGCGUCUGCCGGCGGCCCACACGGCUGGCUUCCCGGUGGCGUCCUGGUGUCCACACUCCGACCCCUUUCUGAACUGUGUGGCAGGACCGCGGGCUAUGAGCCGCACUUUUGUAGCCGUGGGUCCCGGCUCCAAGCACGGGCUCUGGAACGAUAGCCUGCACUCCAGAGCAUUUUACCGGAAUGGCUGUUUGCAAUCGCUCAAAUCGCGCCUCGACGCGCUGCACGUGGUGAACUUUUUAAAGCGUGUCGCGGUGCGCCAGAUGAAUUAUUUUUUAUAUAUCUCAUAAAACUGCUCCCGUCGACUCCCAAUUAGUGCGCACCUUUACUCUUUUACAAGUGGGCUAGGUGGUUUCACACCAAUGCAUCAUAUACCGUCGCUUCGCGCUAUCCUUUCGGUGGGUACCAGAUGACACCAGCGCUCCAGGGAGGAGCCACCUGAUAUUGUGAUAUAUGCAUACACAUCGUUCAUUAUCAGAACCUGCGUUGAUUUAUUUUUAUACGAGGCCUGCGAACAGCAGAACGCACAAAAGUAUAUCUUGUGCAAUACGCAGUGGCAUCAGUCGUGCCUCCGCCGUGACGUCCGUCGUGCCUCCGCCGUGACGUCCGUCGUGCCUCCGCCGUGACGUCCGUCGUGCCUCCGCCGUGACGUCCGUCGCGCCUCCGCCGUGACGUCCGUCGUGCCUCCGCCGUGACGUCCGUCGCGCCUCCGCCGUGACGUCCGUCGUGCCUCCGCCGUGACGUCACGCGUGCCUCCGCGCCCGGCGCUCGACAGGCCCUCCGCACGAUGCGGGCACCACGGUAGGGUUAUUGCGGACCGAGGCACUCGGAGUGCGGGCACUAAUCCCGACAGCUAGUUUUGUAGUUAAUUAUCGGAAGUGUGUGGCAGGCGGUCCGCUGGGUGGUGAAGACGGGCCGCAAUGAAUGCAGGGGAAUGACGCCCGGCCGGCGGGACCACAGCCGGAGCCAGUCCCCCGAACGCUCGGAGUUCGAUGCCCGACCGACGCGUGCUCGCCCUCCUACCGCAGCACCGGGCGCGAGAAACGGAGCUACUUGCGGUGAUUGUGCGAGACGAUCUUUAGCCCAGCGGGUCUCUGUGGGGUACUUUGGCAGCACUCGGCGGCAAUGAUCAAAUAAAGCUGGCAGCGGUGA